GCUAGGGAGCAGAUUCACAACAGGCUUCGAAUGAAAGUGACGACGCUUGGAGAAGCCGGCGCAAUGAGCUCACGAGCAAUGCUAUUGUUACUUGUUGCCGCGAUUCUCCCUCUUCACCAGGCAGCUAACCCUUGCUGCUCCAAUCCCUGCCAAAACCGGGGAGUUUGCACCGCGGUCGACUCCGACAACUAUGAAUGUGACUGCACUCGCACUGGAUUUUACGGCGAAAACUGCACCUCACCCGAGUUCUGGACCUGGGUGAAACUGAGCCUGAAACCGACUCCUAACACAGUCCAUCACAUCCUAACCCACUACCCAGGAAUUUGGAAUCUAGUCAACCAGAUCCCUUUCUUAAGGGACAGGAUUAUGCGUUACGUCUUAACGUCCAGAUCUCAUUUGAUUGACAGUCCUCCUACCUACAAUGCGAAGUACUCAUACAAGAGCUGGGAUGCCUACGCCAAUAUCUCCUACUACACCAGAAGCCUUCCCCCAACUCCUGAAGAUUGUCCAACACCAAUGGGAGUAGUUGGAAAGCAAACACUGCCUGAUCCUAAGUAUUUAGCAGAAAGAUUCCUGAUGAGGAAGAAAUUUGUUCCUGAUCCCCAAAAGACCAAUAUGAUGUUUGCCUUUUUUGCUCAGCAUUUCACACACCAGUUUUUUAAGACUGACCAGAGCCGAGGCCCUGCAUUUACAUUGGGUUUAGGACAUGGUGUUGACCUGAGCCACAUCUAUGGAGAAACUUUGGAUCGACAGCACAAACUAAGACUAUUUACAGAUGGAAAACUUAAAUAUCAGGUUUUAAAUGGAGAGGUUUAUCCUCCCACUGUUAAAGAUGCAGGGGUAGAGAUGACUUACCCUCCUCAUAUCCCAGAUCACUUGCGGUUUGCUGUGGGCCAAGAAUUCUUUGGACUGGUUCCAGGGUUGAUGAUGUAUGCAACAAUCUGGCUGCGGGAACACAACCGAGUUUGUGAUGUGUUGAAAGCGGUGCACCCUGACUGGGAUGAUGAAAGGCUUUUUCAGACAACCAGGCUAAUAUUAAUAGGGGAGACAAUCAAAAUUGUAAUUGAAGAUUAUGUGCAACAUCUGAGUGGUUAUCACUUCAAGCUGAAAUUUGAUCCAGAGCUGCUCUUUAACCAACAAUUCCAAUACAGUAACCGGAUUGCAUCGGAGUUCAAUACCCUCUAUCACUGGCAUCCCCUGAUGCCCGAUACCUUCAACAUCGAAGACAAAGAAUACAGUUACCGUGAAUUCCUCUUCAAUAACUCUGUGCUGCUCGAACAUGGCAUCUCCAACAUGGUAGCUUCAUUCACCAGGCAGAUUGCUGGCAGGGUUGCUGGAGGCAGAAAUAUAAAUGCAGCAUUGAUUAAAGUGGCUAUCUCUACCAUUGAACACACACGGCAGAUGCGAUACAAGUCUCUGAAUGAAUAUAGGAAACGGUUCUUGAUGAAACCCUAUGAGUCUUUUGAAGAGCUUACAGGAGAGAAUGAGAUGGCAGCUGAGCUGAGAGAACUUUAUGGGGAUAUUGAUGCCGUCGAGAUGUAUCCUGGCCUGAUGAUAGAAAAACCAAGGCCUGGGGCAAUAUUCGGAGAAUCAAUGGUCGAGAUGGGCGCCCCUUUCUCUUUGAAAGGUUUAAUGGGAAACAUCAUUUGCUCCCCUGAAUACUGGAAACCCAGCACUUUCGGUGGGAAAGUUGGUUUUGACAUUGUGAACACUGCGACGCUCAGCAGGUUGGUCUGCAACAACUUGAAAGGGCCAUGCCCCAUGGUUUCGUUCAGUGUUCCUGAAUCUAUAUCAAACAAACAUGGGUCUGCCAGCUCCGAAUCUUCCAGUUCCAAUUUGGACAAUGUUAAUCCACAGGGGCAUGCCCUGUUGAAAGAGCAGUCAACAGAACUUUAAAUUUUUUUUGUCGGAUUAAUCUACUGUAAAAGACACCAGAGUAAUAGUAGAGGUGCUGCAAUUGGCUUAGAUGAGGGAGGGCUAAAAUCAAUUAGAGUUCGUAUCCCUGCUCACAAUCUAGAGCCCCCAGCUAGAAUGCCCGUGUGCAGAUAUUGAUGACAGCAGGAUCAGAUUUGACUAUGAAAUUCCCACUAACCCCACACCCCUACCCAAAAAGUAACUCACCAAUGUGCAGUGUUGACAUUCCCUGAUUAAAUAGUGACCACAAUGGUGCAACAAAAACAACUGCUGGAAAAGCUUACCACAUCUGGUAGCAUUUGUUGAGAGAAAUUGGAGUCAAUGUCUCGGGUCAUCCGACCAUUGCUCAGAAAACUGGUGCAAUGGUGCAACACUAGAUGAUAGCCGAGCCUCAUGAAAGAUGGAAGAAACUACCAAAAGAUAGUAGGCUUCAAAUUUUUUUUCAUCUCACCCAUCUAGCAAACCAUGGAUAAAUUUACCAUGUGGCCUAUUAAUCCUAUUCUGAAAUUUUUUCACAGAAUGAUUGAUGUAAAGCCAAUACUUGGGUGAUGGUGGAAAAGUAAUGUUGGUUCCUGUCUUUUAGUUGCCCUGAGAAGCAAAUUGGAUCACUUCAAAGGACACCUUAUUUAGUGUGACCUGAAGAAAUGUUUUAAGUAAAUAUUCUGAUUUUAAAGGGACAAAAAAGCAAAAUGGCAAAUAGUUCUACAUUCCCUUAUCUUCACUACUGAAGCUGAACACUCUUCAGCAUAGCAACCACAUGCAUAUUGGACUAUUUGAUCACCUUGCCAUUUAAUUCUCCACUUAGCCUUCAGGUCUGGUUCUAACACAUAUUUUGGAUUUCCCUUUCCUGCGAGUCUCUAGUUGCAACUAGAUAGAACAGCAUUGUAAAUAUCCCAAAUAUCAUUGUUCAAUAUUAGGCUUACAAACUGUAGUUGACGUUGUCCACAAACUACUCAGUGACAUUUAUUUAAAGUGCACAUGUGUGCAUAUCCAGUGAGAAUGGCAUCAACUUUGGACAUAAUUGUCCUUUAUUGUUAGAUAUCUCACAACAUUCACCAUUUAAGCUUAUACCUGGGUCCACUGACUCCUGUGGAACUCUGCUUUGGCAUGACUCAGCAACCUCAACGUAAAAUGGAUGAAAAUGGAAGUCUGAUUAUUCUUCAGUGGCUUAAACAACUUCCUGUAUUUAUUAUUUAUUUUAAACUUAAUAUUUAUUAUCUAACAUUAGUAAUUAUUAUCUGAACUGUAAUUAUUUAUUUUUGAUACAAAACUCAGGAACUCUUCUUGCCUUCUAAGUUUAUAUACUAUUAUAGUGAUUAGAAUUUGCACAAUAGAAAUUCCAACUUGAAUGUUUUCGCCUUGGAAAGGCUAAAACUGCAUUUUCUGACUGGUCGAGUUUUAUUUUGCUCGGGUGAGUCUUAUAUUGUAUAUUGAUUUUUGACCUUGUUUAAUUUAUAAGGCACAGUAUGGUCAAUGUGCCUAGAUUGUAAGAAAUAUGUACAUCUAUUUAGGUAAAAUGUUCACUGCUGUGCAGUAAUUUUCUAACCAGAAAAUACAUCAUAGUACCACACAACAACAAUAUUUCUCUUGUUUACAUAAUAAUCCAUUCUUAGAAGCAGCAACAGAAUUGGAAAAUAAAUGAAUGAUUGUUACCAACAAGAUAAAUUGUUCAGACCUUGAUUCUGAGAAUGAUGUACUGUUUGCUCUGCCAACUGAUUUGAUUAUUGCAAGCUACUGUAAAGCAUUACUGUUACAUGUUAGAACACUUCCAAUUGUUACAAUAUGUUCUGUAAAACAAAAAUCCUAUUGACAGACUGCACUUUUUAAAUAUGUGUUUUCUUUUGUAAA